AUGAAUUCUUCCAAUUUGAAAUGUUCAAAAUAUAGGAAGUCAUCAAAACCAACAAAUUUGAUAGAUCAACUAACAAGUGUUAACAUUCCUGAUCUAAUCAACAACAAUGAUGAUGAAGUCACAACAAACAAUUUUCAAACAAUCUUAAAUAAAGCUCAUAGCAAUUCAUUAGAAGAAAAAAUCGAAGCUCUUCAGUGGAUCUUUGAUAGUUUCGCUCAAAUAGCUAAUAUGUUCCCAAUAGAAUUCGUAUUAAAUUUAUUAACAGAUUACCAAAGUGAUUCUGCUGAAAUUCAGCAUCUUGCAUCUGAAUUAAUACAGUUAUUUUGUCGUUCUAAGAAAUGGACUCUUUAUUUAAUUCAAAAUGGAAUAAUCCAAAUUCUUCAAAAUACAUUUCCAAGAGAAGACACAAUUAAAUUAUGCUGCAAAAUAGUACUAAGUCAAGAAGGGAGAAGGAAUUUAAUCACUUCUCACUUUUUAAAUGCAUUUAAUACUUUAUUCACAGAAGAUAUUACAUCUAAUACAAUUGUUUCUGUAGCUGUAUUUAUUACGAACUGUUUAGGCUCAAGUUUUGUAUUUCCAGAAUAUUAUGAAGAGUUAUUUUCAGUAAUGAAUAAUUUACUUCCUUUUAUGGAUAAAAUUCAUCCGCCAGAGUUUGUACAGUUUAUCUCUCAUGCAUGGAAUAACUUUGUUUGGGCAAAUGGUGAAUUCGUCAAGUUUUUUGUUAGAAAUGAUUAUAUUGACAUUUUUAUUCAAUAUAUUCAAGCAAAUUUAUCUCAAAACCAAGAUCUCUUCAACAUAUCAUCGGAUACCCUUGAUAUUAUUGAAGGAAUUCUUCUUUUUGAUCACAAUUUUAUUGAAUAUUUUAUGAAUCAUUCAAUUUUAGAUGUAAUCACUAUGAUUUUCAAUAAUUUCACAAAAGAAGAAAGAUCUAAUCAUUAUUCCUUGAUUUCUUUGUUAAUAAGCAUAAAUGAAGAAUUAGCAAUGUAUUUCAUUUCACAAGACUUCCAUAAACUUGUAAUUGAAGAUGGAAAGUUUUCUGUUCGUCAAAUCUCGUCAAGAUUGACUUUAGCAAUAGAUUUCUUGAAUAAUUGCGAAAGUCAUAAAGAUAUUCUAUUAACAUUAAGGGAUAUUGGCUUUUACGAGUUCAUUGUUUCAAAUAUCUCAAUUCUUGGUGAAAAAGACUUUAAAUAUGCUUUGAACGCAUUAUUAACCAUUUCUAGGCUUCCUCAGGAUGAUAUUUACUUUGCAAAGCUAAAAGACAUGUCAGAGAACUCCGAAUUAAUGCAAUGGAUUGAAGAAUUAAGGCUUUCUGAUUCACUUGAAGUCGAAUCUUUGGCACAGAUUCUAGAUCAAAUCAUUGCUUCAGCAAACAGUAAUAACAAUGAUCUAUAG